ACAUAACAAUGAUCGAAAUGCUGGAAUAACGGAAGUAGAACGGACCCAGGCGGAGGCAUAAAGCGAUAGGGGCGAUUUACCAGCUUCCUUUUUACUGUGGCCGCCUGAGCGUGUGGAGCGUGGUUCCCGGCGAGCCGUAAAGUAUUUACCUAAAAUGGCCUGCUCCCGACCCUUGAUCUCGGUUUAUUCCGAGAAAGGAGAAUCAUCAGGCAAAAAUGUUGUCAUGCCUGCUGUGUUUCGGGCUCCAAUUCGCCCUGAUGUUGUGAAUUUUGUUCACACCAACAUGCGCAAGAACAACCGUCAGCCUUAUGCAGUCAGUGAACUUGCAGGCCACCAGACUAGUGCAGAGUCCUGGGGUACUGGAAGAGCUGUGGCCCGUAUUCCCCGCGUGAGGGGUGGCGGUACCCACCGCUCUGGCCAGGGUGCUUUUGGGAAUAUGUGUCGUGGAGGACGGAUGUUUGCCCCCACAAAGACCUGGCGCCGCUGGCACCGUAGGAUCAACGUGACCCAAAAGCGCUAUGCCAUCUGCUCUGCCCUGGCUGCUUCUGCUAUUCCUGCACUUGUCCUGUCCAAAGGACACCGCAUUGAGGAAAUCCCAGAGGUGCCACUGGUGGUUGAAGACAAAGUUGAGGGUUACAAGAAGACCAAGGAGGCAGUGCUCUUGCUGAAGAAGCUUAAAGCAUGGAAUGACAUCAAGAAGGUCUAUGCUUCUCAGCGUAUGCGUGCUGGUAAGGGUAAGAUGAGGAACCGCAGACGAAUCCAACGCAGAGGGCCAUGCAUUAUCUACAACCAAGAUGCUGGCGUCACCAAAGCCUUCAGAAAUAUCCCAGGCAUCACACUGCAGAAUGUGAACCAACUGAACCUCCUGAGGCUUGCCCCUGGAGGUCACGUUGGACGCUUCUGUAUCUGGACUGAGAGCGCUUUCCGCAAGCUGGAUGAGCUGUACGGCACCUGGCGUAAACAUUCUACCUUGAAGAAAGAUUACAACCUGCCAAUGCACAAGAUGACCAACACAGACCUGACCAGAAUUCUCAAGAGUGAAGUAAUCCAGAAAGCACUUCGUGCACCAAAUAGGAAGAAGAACCGCAGAGUGCUGAAGAAGAAUCCCCUAAAGAACUUUAGGAUAAUGAUUAAACUCAACCCGUAUGCCAUGACAGCAAGACGUCAUGCCAUCCUAAAGCAUGACCCUAAAAUCAAGGCUAAGAUGCUGAAGCGUAAGAGCCCCAAGAAGAAACCUGCAAAGAAGGUGCCAGCUGCACCCAAGGCAUAAAUUUCUACAUGCAUACAGACUGGAAGUCAAUGAUGAAUAAAUCAGUUCUUUCAAAGGCA